UCACAAAAAGUUGAUAUAUCUUCAUUAAUGUUUACAUCAUUAAAACGAUAACGUAAUAAACAUUUCAUAUAUAAACGAUCUUCAAUAUUGUAUAUUAUGACUGAUUGCUUUUGUAAAGUAAUAAACCAACAUACCGACUAACAAAAACAUUAGCGAGAAACAAUGUUUCACUUUUCGGGAUUAACUUUCAUUCUAACGUAUUUCUGUAUUACUACGAGCAUUUUUGGAUCUAUUGAAAAAGAACCCCAGUGCGUCUCAAGAUUUGACUAUGAAUUUAAAGUUGUUCAAAAACUAGCGGAGCUGGAAAAUAAACUGAAGGAGCAACAACAGACAAUAGAAAGCCUCCAGCAUAAAUGUACUGGUGAUGUCGUGUCUGAUAAUCAGGUUGCGUUCUCUGCCUCCCUUACAGGCGACAUGACGUCUGUUCCAAACCAUCGCAUUAUCAUCUUCAAUGAAGUCCAAACCAAUGUCGGUGGUGCUUAUAACGGCAAGACUGGAAUAUUUGUUUGUAAAAUUCCUGGCGUCUAUGUCUUUUACUGGGUAACAACCAACAAAGACCGCACAUGGAUGGAUUCGGAACUAGUGAUUAAUGGCGAAAAGCGGGGCCAGACUUUCUCUGAUGCUGGAAACCAUGAUGAUUACUCCGUAGCAUCAAAUAUCGUUGUCGCGGAGCUGAGGUUUGGGGAUCAGGUUUGGAUACGCAGUGGCACCUGGCACAAUGGCAACUUGGCUGGUUCACACAGAACGUCCUUCUCUGGCUGGAUUUUGUACAUGCGAUAAGAACUAGCUCCACAAUACUGUACAAGAAAGAGUCGUUGUGCAUGAAAAUUCAUUAGUAUAUUAUUCUAUGAAUCGAUUGACAACUUACUGAUAUAUUGUCUCAAUUUUGGAAAAGGAUCGCAUAAAGGGGCUGUACUUUCAAAUAGUGAAACACCUUUACAAACAUUGCGUUUUUCACAGAACUGUUACAAGAGGAAAACUUUUAAGAACAAUCUUAGUAUUCAAUAUACUAAGUACAGAACAACAGUACGAGACAGUAGAAUAAACCAUGUAUUUGGACAGCUAAAUUGAUGGUUAAAUGUUGUUCGUUUCAGAAGUUUAUUUUAUUAUUUAUAUUCUCAUUUUGUGUGCAUGAAUCAUGAAAGUAAGUAUAUCAAUUUGUUUUCAACAGUUGUUCCCUUAGAUUUUAUUGCAAAUUACAUUCUGUCAUAAAUUACAUUUGGAUCAGCAGAAACAGAAAUUGGCGAAAAAAAACUUGGCAGUGCUUAGUUUUGUAAUUUCAGUUGCAAAUACAUAAGUGCACACGCUUUACAGUUUUAAAUCUACAGUAUCAUGAUUAAAACUUCCUGGAAUCCUUUUCCGGCAAUUUAUUUUUCCGUCAGUGGAAGUGGAAAAUGAUUAUUACCAUUUUAACAUAGAUCUGCAGCUGUUUUUUGUCACUUGUGGGUAUGACGUGUUUGUUUAUGUUCGCAAAGAUGCGCUGAAUUGAAUUGUAGAAACGCAUUCCACACCAAGACACAACAUUGAAACACAUUUAAGGCGGUUCUGUACAUUCGGUAGAAUAAUCUGCAAUGUAGAAUUUAUUUAAAGUCUGAUUUUCAUAACCUCAGAAUAUACUUAGAAAAAAAGAUACGGUGUUUUGCCCGAUUUUUUUGCUACACUAAUUUGAAAAAAAGACAUCACAUAAGUUUUCAUAAUGGGAGUCUAUCGGAAAUCACACUCUUAAUAACAUUUUCAGGAACUUUUUUUCAACAAUGUAAAUGUUAAUGAAACUUUACAUGGUUGUAAAUAAACAUGUGACAAAUACGGUGAAAUAAAAUAUAGGUUCGUC